AUGUGCGCGGCUACCUGCAUGGAUUCGAUAUUCAGCGCUGACUAUUUCGCAGUCUCGACCGGGAACGAACUCGUGUGGCAGCGGGAGCGAGCCCGAAAUUUCGGCUUCCGGAGCGCGGAGCGGUUCGAGUAUAUCGAAGCUACUUUUAAACCCUUCAAGUUUCUCGUCAAUAGCGAGGAAGGGGUCCAUAGUCUCUGCGCCGAGCGAGCGAGGCGCCGCCGAUUUUAUGAGGGGUACAAGGCCAACGAGCCCAUGCGGCUGCCCAUGAGAGCCGGGUAUGCCGAUCCUCAAGGUACCCACGCCGUGGCUGCCGCCGUCGACAUGUCCUCUGGCACCGACGGCGGUGCGGCAUUUCAGUAUGCGGGACGCCCGCCCACAAUCGGCCAGCGAGACCUAUGCGCCCGGCCACGUGGAACACGCCGAUAUACCGAUCCAACCUACCUCGGCGGGUACCUGGCCGCGUGUGGCCCCGCGCAUUGA